ACCCAAUUUUUAUUUUUAUUUUUAUUUUUUUGAGAUGUUUGUAAGGAACAUAUAAAUUCCAACGUACGUAAAUUUCAAAGCCACACCCAUAAAUAUUGGAACGGUGAAUUAUCAGGAUCCUCUUUUCAAUUUAGAAUAGCCAUGGCUACAGCAAUUAGGCUUCGCAUUUUCCCACAAAGCUUCGAGCACUGCUUCAAGAACGACCACAGGACCGGCCAGCCAGUCGUUCCCAGACCAAGUUUAUGCAUGUUCCGGUUGGGACGACCCGGUCGGGGUGAUGGUUUGUGUUUGAAACAGUGUCGAUCGUUUAUGAGUGAGGAGGGAGAAGUCUCGGAGAAAAAGGGAGUUGUGCAAAAAGCGAGAAAGUCUCGAAAUUUGAAGGGAAGUGAGGCUAAGCUCGAAAGCGGAAGUGGGUUUUGGAAAUCUUUGAUGACUACAAUUUUGGGUGGUUUUAGAUUGGCUCACGGGGACGAGUAUGACAGGGCUGUGGCCAAGGUGGAGAAGGUGUUCUCUUCGAUUGCCAUCCAAAUUGGAAGAUAUAUUGUAACCAUGAUGAGCACGGGAGUGAUACUUGAAAUAGGAUUUCUGAUGUCAGGUGGAGACAGUCAAAUGGACACUUUGGUUUGGUAUAGCUGGCUUGGAGGAAUUAUUAUUGGAACCAUGAUAGGAGUAAAUAUGGGUUUAGAGGAACAUUGUCGAGCUGGUCCACGUAAUGUUGUUAUAACUGGAAGCUCUGAGUCUGUAGAUAUGACUGUCAAAGAACUCAAGGAUAACCUAGAGGAAUGUAUGACCAAGGCAGGUGACUCAUCCAGGAGAAAGCUGCAACAAGCAAAAGUGGUGGGCAUUCCGUGUAAUGUAUGUGCACCUGGUGAUGUACAGAAACUGGCAAACUUUGCUGUCCAUGAACUUGGCUCUAUCAACAUCUGGAUAAACAAUGCUGACAUGAAUAAAGGUUUUAGACCAUUGCUGCAGUUUUCUGAUGAAGAUAUUAGACAGAUUGUCUCAACGAACCUGGUUGGCUCUCUUCUUUGCACACGAGAGGCCAUGCAAGUGAUGAAGAACCAGUAUAAGGGGGGCCACAUAUUUAACAUGGAUGGUGCAGGUUCUGGGGGAUCUAGAGGUUCUGGGGGAUCUAGUACCCCUCUCACAGCUGUUGGUUCGAGUGUAAAAAAUAAGCAAAUGUUUAACAUUAUCUGUGAGCAUCCCGAAACGGUUGCUAGAACUUUAGUUCCAAGGAUGCGGGUUGUAAAGGGUACAGGGAAGGCAAUCAAUUACUUGACUCCUCCUAGGAUCUUGCUUGCUUUAGUCACUGCAUGGCUUCGACGAGAUCGCUGGUUUGAUGCACAGGGAAGGGCAUUAUAUGCUGCAGAAGCAGAUCGCCUCCGAAACUGGGCUGAAAACCGCACUCGAUUUUCUUUUACAGAUGCCAUGGAGAUGUACACAGAGAACACUUGGGUGUCAGUUUUCUCACUUUCUGUAGUUUGUGCUUUCAUAAUCCUUUCUACCAGUGGCAGCACAUUUCAUGGUACGUGAGUUCUUGGUAGAAUUACAACCUAAAAGAAUCAGGAAUACAUAUAGAUCAGGCCAAUGCUCUUCGGGAAGGAUGUCUAGUGCUGUAACUGCAUAGAUCACACUAGCAGCCAAUUAGUGGUCUUUAUACCCUGCAUCCUCUUCAAACUUCCUUAACAAUUAGGAGUUCAGUUAUACAUUGAUUCCAAAAAUUUGACCACCCAGGCAAGAAGAGUCCAGUAAAGGUUGGGUUGUGUGGACAGAAACAGACUAUAAUUCAUUGAUGAAGCAUUCCAAUGUGUGGAAUUCUUAUAUGACAUGUAAUGUUUCUAUGAGUUCAUAAUGAAGUUCCCUUUCAACAUCUUUGCACAUGCUUUGA